CAGCAGAAGACAGCAGGAGAGGGAUCGAGGAACGAGUGACAGCCGGAGAGUCCGCACAUCGGCGACCCCGGGACGCUGCGGGGCGCGCCCGCCCCUUCAGGUCCUGCUCGGAGCCGCUGCCAUGGGAGAGCCAGCUCUGGGCGCUGGGGAGCACCCGCCGCUGCCGCCGCGCCCGCCUCGGAUCCGCGGCCCCAGCCCCGCGCCCGCAGCCGGCCCGCUGUCCCCUCCCCGGGCUGCAGGGCCGCCUCCACCGCCUUGCCGGCCCGGGCUGUGCCUGUGAUGAGCCGCAGCUCGCCGCGAGCCCUGCCCCCGGGCGCGCUCCCCCGGCUGCUCCCGGCUGUGCCUGCAGCCGCGCCGCGCGCCCUGCUCCCGCCGUGGCGGCGCCCAGGACGCCGCUGGCCUGCGUCCCCGCUCGGAAUGAAGGUGUUCCGCAGGAAGGCGCUGGUGCUGUGCGCGGGCUAUGCACUGCUGCUCGUGCUUACCAUGCUCAACCUCUUGGACUACAAGUGGCACAAGGAGCCGCUGCAGCAGUGCAACCCCGACGGGCCGCUGGGGGCCGUGUCCGGGGCAGCCGGGGCCGCCUGGGCGCCCGGGCCGCCUCCUGCCGCGCCACCCCGCGCGCACAGCCGCUUGGACCCUCGCACUCCGUACCGCCCUCCCGCCGCCGCCGCCGCCGCCGUCGGGGCGGCUUCUGCAGUCGCGGCGGGGGUCCUGGGGGCCGCGGCUCCUCCGGGCAAUGCCUCUCGGGGCGCCGGGGGCGGCGGGGACAAGCGGCAGCUGGUCUAUGUGUUUACCACGUGGCGCUCGGGCUCGUCCUUCUUCGGUGAGCUGUUCAACCAGAACCCCGAGGUGUUCUUCCUUUACGAGCCGGUGUGGCACGUGUGGCAGAAACUGUACCCGGGGGACGCUGUCUCCUUGCAGGGGGCAGCGCGGGACAUGCUGAGCGCGCUUUACCGCUGCGAUCUCUCGGUUUUCCAGCUGUAUAGCCCCGCGGGCAGUGGGGGGCGCAACCUCACCACGCUGGGCAUAUUUGGGGCAGCCACCAACAAGGUGGUGUGCUCGUCGCCGCUUUGCCCCGCCUACCGCAAGGAGGUCGUAGGGCUGGUGGACGAUCGCGUGUGCAAGAAGUGCCCGCCUCAGCGCCUGGCACGCUUCGAGGAGGAGUGUCGCAAGUACCGCACGCUGGUCAUCAAGGGCGUGCGCGUCUUCGACGUGGCCGUGUUGGCGCCGCUGCUUCGAGACCCAGCCCUGGACCUCAAGGUCAUCCACCUGGUGCGUGAUCCUCGCGCGGUUGCCAGCUCGCGCAUCCGCUCCCGCCACGGCCUCAUCCGGGAAAGCCUGCAGGUGGUGCGCAGUCGGGAUCCCCGAGCCCACCGUAUGCCCUUCCUGGAGGCCGCCGGCCACAAACUGGGCGCCAAGAAGGAGGGCAUGGGUGGCCCAGCUGACUACCAUGCCCUUGGCGCCAUGGAGGUCAUCUGUAACAGCAUGGCCAAGACACUGCAGACUGCCCUGCAGCCCCCGGACUGGCUGCAGGGCCACUACCUGGUGGUGCGGUACGAGGAUCUAGUGGGGGACCCCGUCAAGACCCUACGGAGGGUGUACGACUUUGUGGGGCUGCUGGUGAGUCCUGAAAUGGAGCAGUUUGCUCUGAACAUGACCAGUGGCUCCGGCUCCUCGUCCAAGCCUUUCGUGGUGUCAGCACGCAACGCCACGCAGGCAGCUAACGCCUGGCGGACGGCGCUCACCUUCCAGCAGAUCAAACAGGUGGAGGAGUUUUGCUCCCAGCCCAUGGCGGUGCUGGGCUACGAGCGGGUCAACAGCCCCGAGGAGGUCAAAGACCUCAGCAAGACCCUGCUUCGGAAGCCCAGGCUCUGAGAAGGGGGUCCCAGGGGAUCUGAUGCCCUCUGGGGACACCCAUAAAGAGGACUACGUUGUGUUUCAACAAACACAGCCCAGACCCAAGCUGAGGACGCCCACAUAGUCUAUUAUAGAUGUGUAAUAUAAAUAACCACGCGGGCACUUGCUGUCAAUGUUUUGAGUCAGUGAAUUUCAAGGAACACACACACACACACACACACACACACAUGCACACACAUGCACACACUCCUCAGAAAAGGCAAGACUUGAAAGUUCUGACCAGUCCUCCCUCCGCUCCUGUCCCGGUUUCCCCCUCCUCCCCUUUUAUCCCACUUCUUAUCCUUUCCCCCACCUGCCUUCCAUACUGAGGUGGAAUGGUGAUAAAAUCAAGUUCCAGUAACCCAAAUCUUGUUUACAAAAUUUUUGUGGUAUCUGUGAACAUGUAUAAGAGUCAUUAGGAUUGGGGGUGGGCUGGGUGGAGAAAGGGGAAGAGGUCCAGGAACAAAAACUCCCUAGGUGUGAUAAACUGAGCAGGCAUUCUUCAGA